CCCGGAGCACGGGCGAGCGGCAGAGGCCGGCCCGGCGGCGGCCAUGGACCGCUUCGUGUGGACCAGCGGCCUCCUGGAGAUCAACGAGACGCUGGUGAUCCAGCAGCGCGGGGUGCGCGUCUACGACGGCGAGGAGAAGAUAAAAUUCGAUGCUGGGACACUUCUUCUUAGUACACACCGGCUGAUUUGGAGAGACCAGAAAAACAAUGAGUGCUGCAUGGCCAUUCCUCUGUCCCAGGUUGUGUUCAUCGAGGAACAGGCGGCCGGAAUUGGGAAGAGUGCCAAAAUCGUGGUUCAUCUGCACCCGGCUCCUUCUAACAAAGAGCCCGGUCCAUUCCAGAGCAGUAAAAACUCCUACAUCAAACUCUCCUUCAAAGAGCAUGGCCAGAUCGAGUUUUAUAGGCGUUUAUCAGAGGAAAUGACACAGAGAAGGUGGGAGAAUGUGCCAGUUUCCCAGUCAUUGCAAACAAAUAAAGGACCCCAGCCAGGAAGAGUAAGAGCUGUAGGGAUUGUGGGUAUUGAAAGGAAACUCGAAGAAAAAAGAAAAGAAACCGACAAAAACAUUUCUGAGGCCUUUGAAGACCUUAGCAAGCUAAUGAUCAAGGCUAAGGAAAUGGUGGAGUUAUCAAAAUCAAUCGCUAAUAAGAUUAAAGAGAAACAAGGUGACGUCACAGAAGAUGAGACCAUCAGGUUUAAGUCCUACUUGCUGAGUAUGGGAAUAGCCAACCCAGUUACCCGGGAGACCUAUGGCUCAGGCACGCAGUACCACAUGCAGCUGGCCAAACAGCUGGCUGGAAUAUUGCAGGCACCGUUAGAGGAACGUGGGGGAAUAAUGUCGCUCACAGAGGUGUACUGUUUAGUGAACCGAGCUCGAGGGAUGGAGUUGCUCUCACCAGAAGAUUUAGUGAAUGCAUGCAAGAUGCUGGAGGCGCUGAAAUUGCCUGUCAGGCUUCGGGUUUUUGACAGUGGUGUCAUGGUAAUUGAGCUUCAAACCCACAAGGAAGAGGAGAUGGUGGCCUCAGCCCUGGAGACAGUUUCAGAAAGAGGAUCUUUAACAUCAGAAGAGUUUGCCAAACUUGUGGGGAUGUCUGUCCUCCUAGCUAAAGAAAGGCUGCUUCUUGCCGAGAAGAUGGGCCAUCUUUGCCGAGAUGACUCCGUGGAAGGCUUGCGGUUUUACCCAAACUUAUUUAUGACACAGAACUAAGAAUUUUGUAUCUGAUAGACCUUUUGUCAAUACACUUGGCAUCGUGCCAAGGUCAUAUUACAUUGAGUUAAGUGAUGAACACAAAUAAACCAAGAAUUUGUUAGAACUUCACAGUAUAAUAUAAAACUCUUACUCUUUCCCUAAAAUCAUGGUCUCAGAAGUGUAUUUACAUAUAGGAAAAGACAGAACAAUGAAUGGAUAUGCAUUUAAAGUCAUGCUGUACUUGUGUAGAACUCUUGGGAUUUAACUUGAAAUAUGGUGGAUUUUAAUUUGAUCCUUGAAUUUAGAUCCUCAGGGGGAGAAGUAAAGUUGCAUGUUUGGAUCCAUCAGGUAAUCAUUUUUCUGUGACUAAACUUCACCAAAUUGUGAAUGUUUUUCUUUGCAUCUGACAUGCCCAUCUUGGGCAUUCAUGAAGGAAGCAAUAGCUACACUGUAGUUCAAGAACCAAUAAUAACACUGGAAUAAAGGUCAGAUUGCAGAGUGCCUACCAGGCUCUUCCUCGGGGCUUGGGAAGCAGACCUAGGUGUAUCUCUCCCGGGUCAGAUAAAACACCUUUAAAAAAGGAGAGGGCUAGGGUCUAGCUUACCUGGCAAGCAUUUGCGUAGAAUGCAGAGACCUUUGAUUUCAGACCGACCACCCCAAUAAUGAGGGGGGAGAGAGAGA